AGCAUAGGUGAUGGCAGCUAAAUUAAAGCAUAUACAGAAGGACACUUGUGUAAAUGGAAUCAAGUAUUUUGCUAUCGUUAUUACGUUAAAAUUCUUUUAAAAUCAGUAAUGGUUUAUUUAUGUUUUUGAGUAUUAGGAAAUAGAAAUGAUAGAGAUAAUGUAGCUGCCAUAAUGCACGUGCACUAAAAUGCACUAAAAAUCGAUAUUUUAACACUUAACACUGUUUACUUUGGGGGCUUAACAAUGCAUUAUUGCGUCAUGCAGUUUAAAUCACGGAUUGUCCCUUUAAAGACAAGUUAAUUUGAGAAACUUGGCCAAUAAUUAAAACGUCGCGAGGUGGGAGGGAUGGUUUAGUAGUUGAAACAAAAGCUCUGCUUAAGAAAUGCCCACUCCAGUCAUCAUUUCAUUUUUCUUAACUCUGGCCCACUGUGUGCACCCUGAGCCGUCAGAAACCAGUAAGAUGACGGACUAUGAAACUUCAACGGCUUUCCUCGGAGAGUGGGGACGUUUCCAGCAGCAGGUGUUUUUCCUCCUUUCUUUGACCGUCAUCCCUAACGGUUUCACUGCCCUUUCCACGGUGUUCCUCGCCGACACGCCGUCCCACCACUGCCUCAUACCAGCGCAUCUCAACCUCACCCCCGCGUGGAGGAACAGCAGCAUCCCGUUGGAGCAAGAGAGCAGCCAAGGUGGCGCGUUAGUGCGCAGCAGGUGUUCCAGAUACAAACUUGUUGAUAUCCUGAGUUUCUCUGAAAAAGGCUUGCUGCCCGACGUUGAUGUGAAUCUGUCUACUGUGCCGAAAGAAAGCUGCUUGGACGGAUGGGAGUAUGACCAGAGCAUCUACAUUUCUACUAUCAUAUCGGAGUGGGACCUGGUUUGUGAUGAAAGCUGGAAGAAACCGCUGACUUCUUCUUUCUUCUUCUGUGGAGUUCUCACUGGUUCCUUCAUUUCAGGACAGCUCUCUGACAGGUAUGGGAGAAAAAUAGUGCUGUUUGUUACUCAGGCAAUUCAGACGGUAUUCACAUUGAUUCAGGUCUUCUCUCCAUCUUGGACGGCGUUCUGCGCCCUGUUCUUUGUCGUUGGGGUGGGCCACAUUUCCAACUAUGUGGCUGCGUUUGUGUUAGGAGCGGAGAUAUUAAGCCCAUAUGUGCGGACUGUUUAUACCACGGCGGGUGUGAAUCUGUUCUUUGCUGGGGGCUACAUGCUUUUGCCGUUCUUUGGUUUCUUCAUCAGGGACUGGAGGAUGCUCCUUCUAGGCCUUUCCCUGCCUGGCUUCUUCUUUGUGCCUCUCUGGUGGUUUAUCCCAGAGUCUCCUCGGUGGCUGCUCUCUCAGGGAAGGAUAGAAGAAGCUGAGGCCAUAAUCAGAGACGCUGCUAAGAAGAACAAGGUUGAGCCUCCAUCAGUCAUCUUUAGUCCCUUGCAGGAACAACUUAAGCCUGAGAAGAGAAGGGCCCACAACAUCUGUGACCUGCUUCGUUCUCGAAACAUCCGCUGGAUCUCUGUCACGCUGUGGCUGAUCUGGAACACCUUGACCAUUGCCUACUUUGCUGUUUCCCUGAACACGGCAAACCUUCAUGGGAAUGUGCACUUCAACUGUUUCCUGUCAGCUCUGGUGGAGAUACCAGCCUACAUUUUGUCAUGGACUAUGUUUCGCUGGUGUUCCAGACGGCUGACUCUGUCCUCAUCAUUGUCCAUGGGAGGGUUGUUUCUGCUGCUCAUUCAGCUUAUUCCAACACAUCUGUUCUCUCUGGCGAUAGCACUGGAGAUGAUAGGGAAGUUUGCAGUGACAACAGCAUAUUCUUUGGUCUACGCCUUCACAGCUGAACUCUACCCAACUGUGCUGAGAAAUACAGCUGUUGGUGCCUGUUCUAUGGCCUCCAGAAUAGGAAGCAUUACUGCUCCGUUCUUCAUUUACUUAAGAAGCUAUUCCGUUUCACUGCCUUACAUCCUUAUGGGAAGCCUUACAGCCUUAGCAGGGUUGCUGAGUCUCCUGCUGCCUGAGAGCUUUGGAAUGCCUUUGCCUGAGACCAUUGAUCACAUGCAGCACUUCCCCGGAUGCUGUCAGAGAAAGCCUUACACUGUCACACACAUGAGAGAAGAGGAAAAUGCUCCUGAAUGAAAGACUCCAUAAACAAGGAGAAAAGUGAAAAUCUGACUUGAUUCGAAUCACUGGAUGAGCAGAGAUUGUGUACACAUUUCCACUAAGUGACCUCUUUAUAGACAUAGGUAAAAUUAUUGCUGUGUUGACACUGGAUGUAUAAAAUUAUAUCAGUUCAAGGGGACCGGAGAGCUAAUUUCCUUACAAAACUCUAAAAUAUUACUUUUAUAUUAUAGCAAAAAAAUAUUAUAAAAGGAAGCUUAUACUCACCACCAAUUUGACAACAUUAGGAUGUACAAUAGGAAACUUGAAAGACUAACUUGCAGAAAAUUUGUAGAAAUUCAAUACUUUGCUUAGAAUAUAGUGGGAAUACAUAAUGCAUUUAAUGCAUUAUUUAAUGGAAGAUUUAUUCAUUAAUUGCUUACCAUGAAGCAUGAUCUGACCAUGAUCUGCCACUCUGAAUGACAUCAUACAUGAGUAUGCCAUAAAAUACCCAGAUACCACAAAGUAAUUCUGAUUGUGAUGAUAAGACACCAGGAAGUAGAUCGGCUAGUAGUAGACUGAUAGUAGAAAAUAGUAGAUCAGCUCUAGGCCACAACUUAAGGGGGACUUAUAAAAACAAACACACAAACAAGUAACCAUUAUAAUCUAAUGUAAUAAAAAUAAUGUUUUCUUUGGAUUCAGCUGUUAAUCAGAUGCAACCAAUUACAUGGUUCUGCAUAUCAGAAGUUCUAUAGGCUAACUAAUUACUCAGUCACACUAGAGCAGGGGUGUCGAACUCCAGGCCUCAAGGGCUGGUGUCCUGCAGGUUUAGAUAUCACCCUGGGUCAACAAACCUGAAUCAAAAGAUUAGUUCAUUACCAGGCCUCUGGAGAACUGCAAGACAUGUUGAGGAGUUAAUUCAGCCAUUUAAAUCAGCUGUGUUGGAUCAAGGACACAUCUAAAACCUGCAGGACACCGGCCCUUGAGGCCUGGAGUUCAAACACGUGUGCACUAGAGUAAAAAUAGGGCAGCAAUUUGACUGUGACUAGGAAAAAUGUUUGGUUUUCUGGUGAUUGCACUGAUUUUUUAUUAUUUCUUUUUAAUUUGAGAACUGACUGCAAGUAGCUGCGACAGCCAGCUUUUAACCUCUGGGCGGCCACUUUCAAUAGUAAGGUGAAUGCACAGCUUGCCUACAAGCCAACCUGUCAUGAACAAUCACCAUCUGACUCAGACUGACUGCAGUCCCUCUCAGAUGAACUGGUGAAGGUUUGAAAAUAAUUGCUGUCUAAUUUAGGAAUCCGAUUCAUUCACCAAAUAAUAACAAAGUGAUAGACUGGCUCUGUCUUAUUUUUGUUUUUUCACCCUCCUGAUGCACCAAGGUCCCUUUGAAGGCAACUGAAUGUGAGUGGUUGCAGACCUGGUUCCUGGUCUUUAACCCUUUCACGUAUAGUUGUCACUACAGUGGACAGCUAUUCAAAGGCUGUUUUCUUGUAUUUGUGUCAGCGUUGAUGGUAUACUUGCACAUAAACCACUACAUUGGACACUGAUGUGUCACUCCAUACCCUGCCACCCACUGGUCAUUUAAUGUUACCAUAGAUGUAUGACGUGUUUCAUUGUAAUUAUUGUUAUUUAACCCUGUCAUGCAUAAAUCAGACAACCUCAAUCUGGAUUUUUUUCUUAAGUAUUUUAAUUCAUCUUUUCAUGCCUAAAGAUGAAUAAAAAUAUUUAAGAAAAAAAUCCCAAUUGAGGUUGUCAUAAUUCAUGCAUGAAAGGGUUAAAGCAACCAUUUAAAUGAAGUGAAAUGAAGUUUAUUGCACAUGGUUGCAGUAACUUUGUUUGUGCCGCAGUUUCCAAUCACAGUUGUGCUUUCUGUGGCUGUAACAUAAUAAAUGAAGAAAGGGUAGGUAGAAGAGAUAGAUUUUCUGUCAUUACUAAAUCAUUAUUUCAGUACUUACUCUUUACACACAACAACAAAUUCACUAA